UAAUAUUCAAGUAGGUCGGAGCAGAGAGGCAGGCAGGCAUCAGCACGGGGACAACUUGACGGCAACAAGGCGUAGCUCAUUCAUUUUUACACCAGAAGACAUGCUUCAUGAAGCCACCAGCACUCCUCCUGUCGUCUGGACACGGAGUUGUCUCACUUUCCUUCGCCUGUUUCUUAACUUUUCACGGCUAUAACACUAUGGACCCGCUAUGGACGGACACCGGCGCUCCGGUACGGCAUGCAAAUACGUACUCUGACGUCGGCGAUCAUGUGGCUUUUGGCGUAGAUCCUCCUUGUGAUCGCCAAUUUUUUCUUUCCUGUCGCCUGUUGUCUGCUCGGCUAUUGGAUCGCCGUGAGAGUGUUUAAACCAGAUUGGGUUUAUUUCUUGGUUCCAGCAGUCGCUUUGGGAUUGUACCGCACUACCUGAGCAUCGCGCCAAAACGGUGGGCAGGUUACAUCCUGUCAUGCAGUUCCAGGAGGUUGGCCAGCACUGGAGCUGACACUGUCAGCGAGCCCAGCUUACACCACACUACAACAGUCCCAUCUCUACCAGACCUUCACCUUCCACUGCCCUCCUCUGUUUCCAGCCACUAAUCUUACCCCAGGGGAAGACUGCUCUCCAGACUCCUUGUCUGCUCAUUCCUAUUCCAGAGACUGUCCUCUGCUCACUGCCUCUCCUGAUAUAAGAGAGAGCCCAGGACCUGAAUCUGGGUCCUAGAACAAGCUAUCCUCCUGGAUAGUCUUCAGUACUGCAGACUGUCUAUCCACCCAUCACUCUGUGACAGUAGUCCUGCAUCCUGGGCACCUCAGCCUCAUUUUCACAUCACCACUGGCCAAGCACAGGCACCAAGUGAGGGCAGCUGUCCACCCACACGAACCCACAGUCUACCGUCAUCAUGUCCAGUCGACGGAAGGCCUCCACUCCCUGUAUGAUCAGGCCAGACCAGACCAUGGUGGAGCUGGAUGAUGAGGAAGAGGAGUCACAUGACAUGGAGACAACAGAGAACCACACUGAGGAGGGACCUAUGGAAACAGUUCUCUCAGCAGAGACGGAGCCUUCUGUGGAAUUGGACCAUCCCACAGCUCCAGACAAACCAGCUACUGAGCCCCCGGACCUUUCCAAGCCUCAGCGCAGGCAGCAGGGGGGCUACGAGUGUAAAUACUGCCCCUUCUCCACACAGAACCUCAACACUUUCAAAGAACACGUCGACGCCAACCACCCCAACGUCAUCCUCAACCCCCUGUACCUGUGUGCCGUCUGCAACUUCAACACAAAGAAGUUUGACACCCUGACGGAACACAACGAGAGGUGUCACCCCGGGGAGAGCAACUUUAAAUUCAAGCGCAUCAAAAUGAACAAUCAGACAAUCUUGGAACAGACGAUAGAGGGGUGCAGUAACAGCGCAGUCAUUUACAACACUUCCAGCGCCGUUUCUGGCAAAGGGGACGAACUAAGCACUCUGCCACUCAGCAAACCCACCACAGUCAAGAUCGGUAAACCAAAAAUCAUGUCGUCGGAUAAUAAACGGACUGAGUCUCAUUUGGGUAAGCUGACCCCAGAUCUGGCCAAGAAACCAAUCACAGCGCUCAAUGUGAACGGGACGGUCAUCAUCCCUGAGUCGACUCUACUCAAAGCAGACAGCCUUUCUCACAUCAUGCCUUCCCUACAGCGGCCUCUAAACUACACACAGGUGCCGAAGAUCGCAGUGCCGCUCAACACAACCAAAUACAACCCAUCACUGGAUGACAACCUGACACUGAUCUCUUCCUUCAAUAAGUUCCCCUACCCGACGCAGGCCGAGCUCUCCUGGCUGACCGCGGCCUCAAAACAUCCAGAGGAGCAAAUCAAAGUCUGGUUCACCACACAGAGGCUCAAACAGGGCAUCAGCUGGUCUCCUGAGGAGGUGGAAGAGGCCAGGAAGAAAAUGUUCAACGGUACAAUCUCCUCCGUGCCUCAGACCUUCACCGUGGUAACUCCUCAGCUUAACCCCCAAUCAUCCACCAACCUGUCUGCCCCCACUGCAGCCUCCAAACCACUGCAGACGGGAGCUUCUGUCCUGCAGUCCCUCCCCUGUCAGCUCCUGGGACAGACCAGCCUGGUACUGACUCCUGUAGCUAACGGCUCCACUGUCACGUGUGCACCGCUGGCACUCACCGUGGCCAACCAGGUACAAAACAUCUGGGCAGAAAUGUUGGAUCAGAGAUGUAUGUCCAGCUGUGGGCCACAGCAUUGGCAAGCGCAGAGAAAGGGGGGUGACAUGAAGGUGGCACAGUCGCUCAAACGACCCCUGGCCUCCGCUGUGAUCGCCACAGAGAGUAAACGACCCUCCAUUAUUCAAACUAUCUCGGCGCCCAUGGCCACGUCCAAGCUGGUGUCGUCUAAAGUGCUGAGUUUCACAGUCGACCCCAAUAAAACAGCCGAGCAGCUAUCAGUACUGAGGUCCAGCUACACACAGUGUCCUUUCCCUGAGGAAGAUGAGAUCUACAGGCUGAUAGAGACCACCGGGCUGUCCAGAGGAGAGAUAAAGAAGUGGUUUAGUGAACAGAGGCUCCUUAAUCUCAAAGGCGUUCCUCCACCUCCAGUGUUGGUGAAAGCAGAGGUGACCCCAGCACCCAAAGAUGGUGCUGUAAAGAAGGCGGUCCCCAGCCAGUUUCCCCUGCUCGAGAGGGUGAAGGGGAAGUCAUCAGAGCAGCUUAAGGCGCUGGAAGAGAGUUUCCAGAGAAGCAGUUCUCCAACAGAGGCAGACAUAGACCAGCUGGCCCAGGAGACCAGACUAUCCAAGACAGAGGUGGACUGCUGGUUUUCAGAGCGCAGAGGGCUGAGGGACAACAUGGAGAAGGCUUUACUCACCAUGGCUUCAAAGAACACGGAGGACAGAGUAGAGCGGCCGGGGGCGCUGCAGAACGGGGCGUCACAUCAUCGGGAGCAGGACGGCAAAUCUCUACGCUCCUCCCCCCAUCCGCCUGUCCUCUCUUCUUCCUCCUCCUCAUCCUCCCCACCCGUGCUCGCAGCCUCCUCCCCCCAUCCACCGACCCUCUCCUCCUCGGCGUCACCUCCCAUCCUCACUUCAUCCUCGUCCUCUUCUCCCCAUCCUCCCAUCCUGUCAGCCUCCACGAGCCCGGCCCCAAUCACGAGCCGCUCCCUGACCCUGCUCAGAGAGAUGUUCUGUCGGACUCAGUGGCCAUCUCCAGAUGAGUACAGCCAGCUUGAGUCCCAAACAAACCUGGGACGCACAGACAUCGUCCGCUGGUUUAAGGACCACCGCUCAGCACUGAAGAACGGUGAAACUCUUGACUGGAUGGAAAGUUUCCAGAACCUUGCAGAGAAAGCAGACCAGAAACAGAAUGGCCAGAGCUCUGAGAAAAAACAGAGUGUUUCCUUGGAAGUCAAGGCUGUGAAAGUGGAGGAGGCUGGUGAGAACACAGCAGCUGUAACAGAGCACUCCAAGCUGUCUGACAAAGACAAAGUCCAGUGGUUGACUGACAGAUUAGCUCACAGUGUGACGGACCUGAGCCGGACCAAACCGGACCAGACCAGCUCUAGCACAGACGACAAAGGGAGGUGGGUGAAGGUCACUGUGGCAGUGGGGGAGGAGAGUGAACAAGGAGUGGAAAGACAGAGGCUGGCAACAGACACUGACGUUCUGACCUUGGAGCAACCCGGAAGGGUCACUGGUUGAUGGUCGAGUAAAUCACUGACUGCUGAGUCACUGACCAUCAGACGACGACUCAAGACGACCAAACGUGGAACCAGUGACGUAACCGUCUGCCUGUGAUGUCAUUACAAGGCACGCCAGGGACUGUUGGCGUUCCACAGUUAAAGCACUGAUGUGUGGUGCAGAUGCUGACAUUAAGAGGAGUGCCAAAGCUGGACUUGAUGCAUUGUUCUUACUACUACACUUUUUUUUUUUCUUUUUUUAAAAAAAAAGAAGCACCCUUGUAAAUAUUUUUCUGUAUUACAAAAGAAAGUUUGUACAGUUUUACUGGGAGGGCAAGUUUUGUUACAUUUUUAAAAAAAAGUCUAAUUGGUGCCCCAAAACCUGGAAUGUUUCUGUUGUUGUUGUCGUUGUUUUAAGAUCAAAGUGUAUAAUAGUCUGUUAUUUGCUGAAAAUCAGUCCUAUUUUUUUGAAAAUCAUACCUGCGCACUACUCUUUACGAGAAGUCUUUGAUGGCACUUGCAUAUAUCCCCGUGGUAGUGAUAGAUAUCUACAUGCUUGGCCACUUCAUCUGUUUAAACUUCAAACUUAGGAAACGGCAACUUUUUCUACCGCAGCGUCACCUUGACUCGCCCUCAUAGAAUUACGCUGGCGAAGGUGGAAAUCACUCAAACGUGCUAGAGGGGCAGUCAGAGGGAGCGACACUGUUCUGGGCAAUAUGAACUACAGCCUCGCUGCUGAGAGGCCCCAGACACAAAGACAAAGAAAAAAGGUGUUAGGGUGAAAUGGAUGGAUAGAUGCGAAUGUACGUCCCAACCUUCCAGUAUCUUUUUCUUUUCUUUUUUUUUAAUAAGCUGGUUCUUGCAUCAGUACCCGAGGCAUAUUUAAGAGGCUUAAACAGCACCGAAUGUUCCUUUUUUUUUUUUCCUGAUAUAGAAAUGAUUAAUCACAUAGAGGAGUGGAGUGUCUGUGUGAUUGCACCAUGCUGCCUUUUCAGCUUUCUUAUCUGACAUCCGCUGUCUGCCUCAGAACUGGGUACAGUACAGACCGGUGAUGACUUCAGCAUUUCACUUAAUUGUUUGAAAAACUUGAAAAAUUCUUGACUGAACUUGCCAAGAACAUUUUGUUUAAAGUGUUUCACGCAUGACAAAAUAACUAAAGCUCCGUUUAUUUUUUGUUUUAUUUUCUUUGAGCCAUGUCAGCUAUCCAUUCUGCUCAGCUGUGAUCUGUGAACACAUCUCUGCUAGGCUUUCUGGCUUUAGGAAGGUCCUUCUAUUCAAAGCUUGAUUGAGUUUAGUUAACUUCUGUACAGUCGGUUCAGAACACCCAGUGGUUCAUGAGUCUCAGCCUUAGAGAUUAAUGGUCAAACCAUUGCUGGUUUUUCUGAAAAUGGUAAAAAGCAUUUUACAAUUUCACAACAGCCAAAACUGUCAUGAACUGCCUGCAUGUGCUUCAAUUCAUUUUCCAGAAAUGAUUUAAAGGGAUAUCUAUGAUUUAUGAGUCAGGCUGCAAGCAAAAACAGUUGAACUGAACCAUUUCCAGUUUGAACAGCAGGUGUAUGGCUGUAAGCUGGCUGACUGUUGCUGCUGCUGCUGACGCUUUAGUUUCACAUUCAGACGAGUAUCUGGAAUACUGUACAUUUGGUUGGCUAGAAUGGAAAACCGCUCGCAUUUUCAUUUUCUACUUUUAAGUCUGCUGUAACUCAAUAAAUACACAACCAACCGUAAGAACGUCUUCUAGUGUCAAUUGUAUCAGAAAUUUGACUCAGGACACGGCCCAGUACAAAGUUAUUUAGUUCAAAACGUGUUAGAAGAGCCCAGUGAAGAGUUAAACACAAUAUCAGUUAUCACUGUACACUGGUUUGUAAACUUUAUUUAAACUUUAUAUCUGAUUAUGGUUGAACUUCACAAGGCUUUUUUUGUAUAUUUGACGAUUUGAUGUGUUUGUUUGAGCCCAUUUUAAAUUAAAUACUCGAGUAGCUCCAGUUAUUAAAUCUCAAGUUAUUUAGUUGAAUAGAUCCUUAACAUGACUGAAUAGACACAGCAGCUGUGUUGACAUGAAAUAGUAGGUAAACACAGGCGUUAUCAAUGAUGCUGAUGAAGGUUCUGUUCCAUUCGGGUUAAACAGAGUCAGGGUGCUGCUGUGGUGUCUCUGCUACACUAAAUGGAACGUAACCUUUAUUAGUAUCAUUGGAAACACCUGCGUUGACCCUACUAUUAUGUCAAAUGUAACAUGUCAGUGCAACACAAAACAGUGUUUGUGGUUUACGUACACCUUUCAGUCUGUGCAUCUAACCCAAGAACUGUCAGUGGAAUGUACAACAAAAACUUUGCUGCCGUAAGUCCGCUGAUUAGAAAUGAUUGCAUUUGAGGCACAAAUAUGAGCUUCUACCUACCAGAUCCCCUUCAAGCCUCUGACAUGAAUACAAUUCUGAGGUCUAAAAACAUGUCUAAUUACAGUAUUGAAAUCUUUUUGUAUGGUAAGUACCUCAAGAGAUCCACAAAGGUUUGAGUUAUAACUUUCACCAUCCUGGAUUAGAUAGCAGUCUCAUGGAUAGAGACAUUAAGCUUACACAACGCAACUUCCAGCAGCGUAUUAUCGCUGGUUUAAUGUCUGUUAAGGGCUGCGCGAAAGCCAACAGAGGUGCUUAGACACAGUAUUGUGGCAGUUUCUUUCAUACUCCAUUUUGAACCUGACUUCUGGCAGGAGUUGGUAACCUAUGGUUACCGUUAUCAUCCUUUUAUGCCGGCGUAUAUCCAAAAUUUAGGACCUGAGCACAUUUGCAUUUAAAAAAAACAUAUGAACUGCCAAUAAAGAGCAGAAUAAAGCUCUAAAGUAUAUAAAACUAAAACAAUUAGUUGAUUAUAAUAAUCACAGCAUACUUUGAUAAUGUCACUUUUAAAGCACCCAUGAAAAACAUCUGGAUGACAAGAGGUCGCAGCCUCUUUGUUGAACGUUUUAAAAUGAAUAGUUUCUGAUAUUUAUAGAACAAAUGAUUGAUCGCAAAAAUAACUGGUAGAUUCACUGAUGCUGAGAAUAAUAAUGAAGCCCUGAUUGGACAUUGUCCACAGAAUCACACAAGCUCCCCUGACUCAAAUAAAACGGUUUGAUCCGAGCGCUGCUGUGGCGUUGCAUUAAGGAAACAUGAAUCACACACUGAGACUCAUCCUUUCAAUAAACAACUGUUAUAUUUACAAAAAAAAAAAAAAGAGAGCAAAAUCACAUCUUCACCUCAUUUUGGUUAAGAUCAGACCUUAAGACAGAGGAAGAUCGAAGUCUGUGCCACAGAGGCUUAAAAAAACAUUUUACACCCAUGUAAAUCCAGACCUGGAGACAGUGCUCUCGAAAUAGCUUUGCCCAUGUUCUGCCGAGGGAUGGCUGAGAGCACACUCCCAGUGCGUUGGUAAUUACAAUGUAAUCUGAUAUGGCAUCACAGAGAGACGGAGAGAGAGAGAGAGAGAGAGGGGACGGGAACACGAGAAUCAAAAUCAACAGCGUGCUGGUGUGCAGCUGCAACAUCUCCUGUCUUGACAGUCCGAUGGCAGGGUGUGGAGAGAAGGGGGCGGAAGGGAGGUGAACAGAAGAGGACAGGAAGAAAGAAAAGGGGAGAAGUGAAGAAUCAUCACAUAAAAAAAAAAAAAAA